AUGGGUCUCGCCGGAUCGAAGCUUUUUAGCUUCCUCUCCCUGCUCAUGAAGCAGAAGGAGAUGCGCAUUUUGAUGGUCGGUCUUGACGCUGCUGGCAAGACCACCAUCCUCUACAAGCUCAAGCUCGGCGAAGUUGUCACCACUAUCCCGACCAUCGGCUUUAACGUCGAGACUGUCGAGUACCGCAACAUCCAGUUCACCGUCUGGGAUGUCGGUGGUCAGGACAAGAUCCGCCCCCUUUGGAGGCACUACUUCCAGAACACCCAGGGUAUUAUCUUCGUCGUUGACAGCAACGAUCGCGACCGUGUGCCCGAGGCCCGCGAGGAGCUCCAGCGCAUGCUCAAUGAGGAUGAACUCAGGGACGCCCUGCUGCUCGUCUUUGCCAACAAGCAGGAUCUUCCUAAUGCCAUGACCGUCGCUGAGAUUACAGACAAGCUGGGUCUGCACAGCCUGCGGCAACGCAAGUGGUACAUCCAAUCCACUUGCGCCACCACGGGUGACGGUUUGUUCGAGGGUCUUGACUGGCUCGCCCAGGAAAUUAAGAAGAGCAGCAACUAA